CACAAUAAAGCCAAAGUCCUGAGCAACUCAUGAAUCAGUGCUAAACUUGGAUACUUCUUCAUACUUCUAUAUAUUUCUUUCUUCGUACUGGAAUCGGUGCUCUUCUCAAUUACAAGAAGAGAUCAAAUGGGUCUUAUGCGGUUCUUGAAGAUGGCUAUUGUGCUCAUUGUCAUCUCCUCUCCAGUCUAUGUUCGUAUUCAGGCUCUCAACGUUGGAAUCCAGUCAGUUGGUUCCGAUAUUGCAUCGAGAGAACAACAAUGCAGCAAAACUUGUGAGUCUGAUCACUGCUCAGUGCCUCCUUUCUUAAGAUAUGGCAAGUACUGUGGGAUUUUGUACAGUGGAUGCCCAGGGGAGAAGCCAUGUGAUGGAUUAGAUGCAUGUUGCAUGGUCCAUGAUGCCUGCAUCGAGGCUAAAAACAAUGACUACUUGAGCACAGAAUGCAACUCCAAUUUACUAGAAUGUAUUGCUGCAUUCAGAAACUCCGAUGACCCGACUUUCACAGGGAACAAGUGCAUGGUUCAGGAGGUGGUCGAAGUUAUCACCCUCGUCAUCGAGGCUGCUGUCUUGGCUGGAAGAGUUCUUCACAAACCCUAGCAUAUAACACUGGGAACAAUAGAGGGUCACCUGAUCCUUUGUUAUAAAGUCUUGCGUUAAGUUCGAUCACAUUGGUUCUGUACUUAGAAAACAAAAACAUAAUAAUAAAUCCACCAAAGAAAGUUUCUUUCUACAAGAGCUAUGCAAAGGAUAGAGUCACCAAACUAUGUACUCUGUUCCUUGCACCUUGACAAUAUUAAUUUCUGCGAACC